ACGACGAGUGACUGAGUCCUCCGAUUAUUAUCUCAUUUGCCGCCACAGCCAGCAGCACGCGUCGGACCACCACUGCGACAGGGAUCCAUAGAUCGUCAUCCCGGGCGCCACCGGUGGAUCGUCGUCCACGAAGCGGCACCAAUUUCGAGGACUCCGCUGCUAUCGCGUGUGCAGCCGCCAAAAUGACGACGACCACGGGCGACCCGUCGACUUUGAAGACUCCAGCCUCCCUGUCGGGCGGAGAUCUCGUUUCUCGCUUGCUGGCGGCCACUCCUCCGUAUCUUUACAACGUCCCGCUGACCCCUCAUAGCUUCUUCUUCAGCGAGAUGCUGCGGUCCUUCGUGCAAGCCAAGACGGAGACAACGUCGGCCAACGGCGGUGGUGUCGGCGGCGUCGGCGGUGGUGCUUCGAACGCUGCGCGACGUCGCAAGCGAUCCUGGCGGGACGCCCGCGACCGACCACUGGAACUCACGACAAAGGAACGAUCCCAUCAUCAUCAUCACCAUCAUCAUUAUCACCAGGACACCAAUAAAUACUAUCACUCCACGGCGCAGCAGCAGUCCGCUCAGAUGCCGUCGGAGACUCGUUUGGAGAACGAGACCGGCAAGCGAGCGGACGCCUAUCCCGACGCGACGUCGGAGAACAAAGCCGGCGCGUUCGAUCAGAAACCUAAUUUUGGCGGUGACAUCCUGAAGCCCAUCGACGAGAACAAGACGGACUUCUUGCCACGGCAGCACGGCAAAAAUUUCUUCGACCAUGAACGACCGCGGCAGCACUUUGACGCCCAGCCGCCGGAGAACAUCUUCUCCGGCGGCGGAGAGUCGCGAAAGGUCAAGCCGGAGGACUCGCAGCAGCUGGAACGCAGCGGCAGGAACUGUAAUUUCGACAACGGCAGGGGUUACGAAGAUCGCACCAAGAGCAUCGCGCCCGGCCAGGAGAUUGUACCACCCGGUCUGCAGCUAUCGGAUCAGAAGAAGCUCGAUUUUUCGCGCGGGCCGUUCCUUCCCGGUUUGCCCGGCAGAGGAUGCGAGGGAGUUCUUCAGGGCGUGAAGGGCUUCGCCGCUCUGCCUGGCGGCAUGUCCAAUCCGGCCGAGUUUCUACCCGGACCGCUAUGGUAUCCGCCAUAUCCGAUGCCGCAAUCCUAUCCCGGCAUCGAUCCCCUGCACUUCUUCAUAGAUCUACGCGUUUCCGGUCACAUUUGGGAUCGCAAGCACGCCAACGAGCGGCAGCUACCCUUCAAGACGAAGCACUGCUCGGCCUUCAGCGUGCCGCAGUCCAAAGAGUACAGCAAUCGGCCGUUGAAUCUCACCCGCGACGAGGCUACCACGUCGAAGAGCCCGGACGCUGAGAAUACACGGGGUACCAAUUAUAUCUUGAAGCAUCUCACAAAGACGUAUCAGGACAUACAACAGACGAGGAUCUCCAGGACGGACACGUCGAUGGAGAACGAAGAGGACUCGAAGGAGAUGCACCAAGCCGGCGAGGAUAUCGCGAAAGUAGAAGACGCCGGUAAUACGACGACGAAUUCUGAAGAGGAAAGGAAGGAUCUACGGGCUCUGAUCGGUCUCGAAUUAGUAGUGGAUUACGUGAAAGAGCCGAAGAGUGACCCGUCGACCGAGCAAACGUCACAAAUAACGGAAUAACUUAACUCAUAAUAAACGUGACAUGCAAAGAGACGCGCGCGCCGGACGGUCUUACCAUUUUAAUCGCUAAGAUAGAAUCGUAGCGUCGUUAUUCGCAUCUUUUCUCUCGUUACAUCUUCAAAACUGCACUCGCGAUCGUAUCCUUCGUCUAAUAUAGCACCUCUGCCAAGACAAAAGUAACCGAACUAUGCACAAGAUCGAAUUGCUCCUUUUACAGUGUGUCAUAUAUUUUCAUAUCAUGAUUGUAAUGGGAAAAGAGAGGAGAUAUUCGCUGCUCUUUAGAUAUUAUUUUUUGCGGAAAUUUCUUUUUCGUAAGAAUUUCUUGCGCGCGUGUAAUUUCAACAGAGAUUUAUUUCAAACAUUUCCCAUUUGUUCUUUACUUUUCUCUUAAAUACUUCAAAUGUCAUAUCGACUGCAUUUUUGAGACAGAAUUGUCCGACUUGAUUCUGUACUGAGCGACCAAAGAAGAAGUUACAGAUCAUUUCUCAGCGAAAACUGAAGGGUCGUAAAGACUAUCCGAGUGGAGUCCCAGCAAACACAGAAUAUAACUGCUAUAUAACAUGGGAAUAACAUGUAAUGUAACGGUUGUUAUACCUAAUUUAUAUUGGGAUUAUAUAACUAUCUCUUAUUUAAGCAAUAUAACACCAGAAUAUAACUGCUAUGUAACAUGGGAGUAACAUGUAAUGUAACAGUUGUUAUACCUAAUUUAUAUUGGGAUUAUAUAACUGCCUUUUAUUUACGCAAUAUAACAUCAGAAUAUAACUGCUAUGUAACAUGGGAAUAUGUAGUGUAACUGCCCAAGUAACAGAGUAACGUCAAAAGACGACAUAAUGACGUCUAUUUUUGGUCUAUAAUGUCGGCGACUAAUAAUUGACGUUUAAAAGACCUCAUUUCUUAGACUAGCCAAAGACGUAAUUUUGAAAACGUCCUAUGAUCGCCCAAAUAAAGUCCUUUUGUAACUAA